AAAGCUUGAAAGCUUCUAUGUCGCAAUACCCUUGCACAAGUCCUGGCGUAUUUGUGAAUUUUUUUCUCAAUACGUAUACGAGCACGUCAGCCUCACAAAAUGCUACAAACACCCAGCCCUCUCUAAGCAGUUCUAAUAAAUAGCAGGCUAGACGCCUAGUGUCUUGUUAAAGUGCCCUUCUUCGUCCAUCAUCUCAUUGAGCUCUAGCCCUACUCUGUUUUAGCCUUUGCUAUGGAUGGAAACCGUAAUCCAUGGCAGCAAAUCAUAGACGAAUUGAUUCGUAUUUCCAACGCCGAACAUAAUGCAAGGAUCCAGGCUCUAGUCAAUCUCGGAGAACGUCUAGGACAUGCGGACGUGGAUUUAAUCAGGGGCUAUGUAUAUCAGGUCGAGAUUACGAGGAUUAGGAGCCUGAAUUUGGUCACAAUCGCGUGGCCGCUUGGGCGGGGACCACCUCCUCAUCUUGUACCCUUGCCUAGACCAAAUUUCCAGCCAUUGCCACUCGGAUUGUUCCCGCCAAGUAUCGCGGCAAUGCAUCUACUGAAUGAGGACCAGCUCCGUGUUCUACUAGAGCUUUAUGGUCUGGCACUGGAUGGAGAACGCGAGCACCUUUUCCAGCGCUUCCUUUCCUAGUACAUUAGCAUGCACUCUUGAUCUGAUAGUAGAGUAACUCGGACUAGCAAGCAUUUUCCGCUUUACGAAUCAUGUCUUCCAUAAAUCAUGUACAUAUUUUCGGCAGUGACUCCAGUUAGUUAUAGUUUCUUCACAACUUAGUGCCGC